CAAUAUUAUAUAGUACGUCUAUUUGAAGGAUUUGAAUAAUAAUUUUCAAUAAAAUGUAUACAAUAUAAUAUCAUAAAUAAACAAAUAGAAAAAAUAUUUCUUAAAAAUGUCUCAACCACUUGGAAAAGGUGGAAAAUUUUCAAAUUCAACGAAUAAUGUUGAUUAUUUACAUGAUAGUUUAAAAAAUUUAACAAUAAAUAGUACAGAUGAAUCAUAUUAUACUUGUAUGGGACCGGGUAUACCACCAGAAGUCACCAGAAAACCACCAACUGGUUUAGAAUAUAAUCAAUUUUCUAGAAAUAAUAUUAUUGUCGCAUCAAAAUUUGCUACACCAAAACACCCGAAUGAUAUAGUAUCUGGUGGAAAUACAAAUUCACCUGUGUACGAAAAUGUAGCCAGAUAUUCACCACAACUUCCAUACUAUCAUGAGCUUCCAAAUACAUUUAAAAAAGCACAGCCACAAGUUCCUCCAGGUGUCAAACAUACAAAUAAAGAGAUGCUUGAAUCUCCACCCGUAUAUGAAAAUUUACAAGAAUUAAAACAUCGGGACAAUCAAUCAAUAUCACGUAUAACUCCGUCAUCGUCAUCAUCAUCAUAUGGCUCACUUCAACAUAUUUCAACACCUAGUAAUAUCGUGGAAUCUUUAACACAGCAUUCAACUAAUGACCCUGAAAUUAAUUCCGAUUAUGUGUGUAUGACGGGUAAUGGAGGUCUCUUAUCGACUAGUGUAUCACCAUCAUUUCAAACAACCACCAGUUACUCUCAAGGAACCCGUACGGGAAUCGCAGGAUCACCUCCAGCAAUUCCACCACCAAUUGUAUCAGCAAAAGAACAUUCACCUCCAUCGCCAACUCAACUACAAAACCGUGCAGCAUCGCCUCAGUAUGCACGUAACAUAAGUAGUCCUACGAAUUCAACAAUAAGUAAAACAAAUUUAUUACCAUAUAAUGUUACACCACCGAGACCACGUGGACCAACCGAAGCUGAACGUAAAAUUGAAGAACUUACACGGCAAUUAGAGGAAGAAAUGGAAAAACAAGAAGAAGAAGGCGAAUAUUUUGGUGUAUGUCAUACUUGUGGUGAAAAGGUCACUGGUGCAGGGCAAGCAUGUCAAGCAAUGGGUAAUUUAUAUCAUACAAAUUGUUUUAUAUGUUGUUCGUGUGGUCGAGCUUUACGUGGCAAAGCAUUUUAUAAUGUUCAUGGACGUGUUUAUUGUGAAGAGGAUUAUUUGUAUUCGGGUUUUCAACAAACAGCAGAAAAAUGUGCUAUUUGUGGACAUCUUAUUAUGGAAAUGAUAUUACAAGCAAUGGGAAAAUCAUAUCAUCCAGGAUGUUUUCGUUGUUGUAUUUGUAAUGAAUGUUUGGAUGGUGUUCCAUUUACUGUCGAUGUCGACAAUAAAAUAUAUUGUGUCAAUGACUAUCAUCGUAUGUUUGCACCGAAAUGUGCAGCUUGUGGUAAAGGAAUUACACCCGUUGAAGGCACCGAAGAAACGGUUCGAGUCGUAUCAAUGGAUAAAGAUUUUCAUGUGGAUUGUUACAUGUGUGAGGGUUGUGGAAUGCAAUUAACAGAUGAACCAGAUAAACGAUGUUAUCCAUUAGGUGAUCGUUUAAUGUGCCGUGCAUGUCAUAUACAAUGUUUAGGAGCACCUCCGCCUAUGCCACCAGCAGCUGCCACCUAUAGAUAUCAUUGAAUAUUAUUUAUUUUAUGUUGAAAAUAUUUUUGUGUCUCAAGUACUUAUUAAGUCUUUCAUUAAUAGAAAUAUAAAUAUCUCGUAACCAUAGGGAAUCUUCCUUGCUCGUAACAUCAUCAUUUAAAUAGUUUUCCUAUAAUAAUUAGAUCAUCUAGAAUAUUCGAUUGUAUAUAUUUUAGAUUUUAUUUUUUGCUGUUCACUAUUUCUGUCGAGGUAUGCCAUGAUCUCUGUUAGGUUAACGGAAUUUUUUCCUAUUUUAGUUUUGCUCAUAAAUACUUCCUUGUCACUCCUGGUGGGAAUAUUUCUGAAGGUUGUAAAUUUUACUCAAAUUUAGUGAAGGCAAUGAAAGAAAGCUUACAUAGUAAGUUGUAAGUAGUAGACUUUUGAGCGACACGAAAUCAUUAAAAAAAAAAUAUCUAUAAAGCGUUUAUUUCUGUUUUCCUACAUUUUUAGAAAUAUUUUCUGGUAGAAUUCUAAUCUGUGAUACGCCUGAUAACUCCAAGGCUAUUUUAAUAAAUAUAAUCUUGCCAGUAUAUCAUAUAUGUCUAUUUUUCUGCCUUUAUACAGAAUUUUCCAUCAUUUGCUUGGAUUUACUAAAAAUUGUAGACGGAUCUCUAAAAGA